AACGUCAUAGUUGUCAGUUCUGUCAGACUGACAACAAAUUUGUAUAAUUGAUUCGCCCUUAAGAUGUUUCGUGUCUUCAGUAUGAUCAUUUGGUGGUGAAAGACCCAAAAUUAGCCAAACAGCAUGAAUUUGCACCAAAUAGUCAGCGGAGCUUGCAACGCUGGCGAUAAAUGCUUCGCUGUGGGGAGCGUAGAGGGUGUACCAUUUACGGCUUAUGCUGCGGGAUGCAAUAUCGUGAUCCUUGCCUCAACUUUCGAACGCGUCCAGAUUAUUCCAGGCGCUGUUCAUGAUUACAUUCGCAUAAGUUCAAUUGAUUGUUCAAGUGAUACAGGGAAGAUUGCUGCCGCUUAUGAGAACACUGUCUGCAUUUAUGAACCCACACCUCUCAUUCAUAACACUUCGAGACAUGGGCUGGAUUAUAGGUGGGUUCAAACUGGUACUUUGAAAACGGAUUCUUUAAUUCGGGCCUUGAGCUGGAAUUUGGAAGGGACGAGGUUGCUAACGGCAGGGUCUCACGUGCAGCUUUGGCAUCUCAAUUCAUUUCCACUACCCUUUGAGGAAAAAUCAAAUGUUACUUUCACGCUUGGGGGCGAAAAUGCAGACGGCACUGAUUCUAUGGACUAUGCCGAUGAACCCGACAAACCUCAGGAACAAGAGCUGACUAGUUGGCAAUGUGUCUGGAAAGCAAACACAGCUAUACCCGUACAACACUUAGCUUUCAGUCCAGACGGCACUUUAUUCGCCACUUGCGGCGAAAACGAUAGACUUGUGAAAAUUUGGUAUGAGAAUAAACACUUUUUAUUCACAUCUAGAAGUACUGACGGCCCUGUUGAACUAGAAUACGGUUUUGUUUACAUUGCCCAUCCUCGAGCCGUCACUCAUUUGUCAUGGCGUACCACAAGCAAAUACAUGCCAAAGGGAUCCGUUUCAAAUAUGCUUGUUACAUCGUGCAAAGACAACAUUUGUCGUCUUUGGGUGGAGACAGUCCUGCCAGAAGACGGUCUAGUCAAUUUAUCGCAACUCGAUCCUCAAGCACAUCAUCCGAAGUUCCGUACGCAUCGCCAUAAACACAGAUUCAUGCAAAGACUGAAGCACAUGAAAACAUGUUUUCAUAUUCGGCGACACGCCAAAAGACAGGCGCAAGGUGUUGGAGGCCCGUCACCUCCAAUACCCACUCUGCCAUCAACCUACAGCGUACAUGAUUUCCAUUCGUACGGAUAUCACGGAACCGGUGUAACGCCUGGUCUUCAUUUUCAUCUGGCGGCUUCAGUCAAUGCCGAAACUGAUAUUCCAUUGGUGCCAAGUAUCAGUUUUUGUAACCCGCGCCCGGCUUUUGUUCUACAUUGGUUGGAUAAUAAAGAAAUGCAUUUUAGUAUGCAAGCUGAAUCGUUGCUAGAAGAACUAACAAGGCGCGUUGUUGAGCAUCCUGAAGGUUCAGAACCGGUUGAAGAACCACUUAUGGAAUCAGGCGGUUCCGAUGGUUUGGAUGCUCGCAUUGAAACCUUGCUCAGGGACUGGCACCACAGUCCUGAUUUAUUGUUUAGUAUACAUCCAGUCGAUGGCAGUUUCCUAAUCUGGGUGGUGGAAUGGUUGGACGAGUAUCACCCGGGUUCGUUCCGCCAAGCCCAAGUUUCGUUUUCCACGCGCAUCCCUUCAGCCUUUCCUCUCGGGGAUUCCAUGAGUAUGUCGACAACGGUAAGUCUGUACAGUGCCGCCCCCAUCAUCAAGCACCUAGUGAAAGACGUGGCGGCACAUCGUGAUGGCCCUGGCUUAGCCAGUGUUAAAGAAGAAGACGAAAGUAACCCCAAUGCUGAAGUAGAGCCGACACAAGACGAACAAAACGAGUCCGCUGUCGUUUCCCUAGUCACCAAACACGAUAACGGAACUCUAAACCUUUGGGAACUAACUUUUGCCGACCAAAGCAAAUUCAGUCAAGUUUUAAGCAUCGGGCAUAGAAGUCGGGCCUCCGGGCACCGAUUUAGGGUCAACGAUAUCACCUGUCACCCUGUCCUACCUCUACUUCUCACAACAAGUCACCACAACAUUAUCGAACAGAAUAAAAAUCAACAAAGCAGGGGCUUCUGUAGCGAGCUGAUUUUGUGGAAAGUGGACGCCGUUGGCCCUCUUUCAAAAUCAGGCGGUAUCUGCGAGCUGGCCCGUAUCAGUUCGCCUGAACCUUCAGCGUUCAGUAACGUAGCCUGGAUUCCGACUUUAUUGCCCUCUAGUACUUUGGGCAAUUUUUCAAACUCACCGAGUGCUUGUUUUGUCGCGUCCGAUGGCGAAUGUUUGCGGGUGUAUCAAGCUGUGAUUGAUGCACGGACGCUUUUGGCCGACUUGUCAUUUAAAGAAAGACGAGAGGUUGAUGAAAAUGAAAGUAUGUCGGAUUUGUCGUCCUUUAACCAGGAAAGUUUGCUCGAAAACAUCAACAUAGUGUCACAGCAGAGUACCUCACGACCUGGUUGUAUUAUCCAGUUGGAAACGAUCUCGCAAGCCAUUCAGUGGCAAAACACUACCUUUUUACACGUGUAUCAGGAACAAUUAAUAACGGGUCAGAGAACGUCCGCUGUGAGUCUUUCGGCUCAUGAUGCUAUGGUCGAUUUGCAACAAAAUGCAGUGUUUGAAGAACCGUUCUAUAUUGUCUUGUUGGAUUGUACCGAUCAGAACACAAUCAUACACAUGUGGAAACUCACUAUAGCGUCGAAUGAAGUUGAUUGUUCCCUGACGGGGAGCCAAAUGUACGUUCCUGACUGUAAUCUAGUCCAAGACGAGAAUGAUAUCUCCAGAAAAAACAGCAUGGAAUCGUUGCAUAUUAAACAGACAAAAGUCAGUCCCCAUAUUAAUAUCACCGUGACGAGAGAAGUUAAACAAAUUUUGCCGAUUCCUGACGGUGUGGAGAUCGUUCAUGCUGCCCCAGCAGCUGGUCAUUUGAGUUCGGCGUCCAUUUACCCAGCUUGUCUGGCGCCGUAUUGUUUUGCAACGGCUUGUAGCGAUGGAGUUAUAAGAUUUUGGACGGUUACAAGUAAUUCACAAGAAAUCAAAACCAUGAAAGAGCACUUGUUGGAGGAGGAUGGGAUGGUGGUUAACACAGGAAAGGUUUGGACUGAAUGGAACAUGCUUAAAGAGUCAGCGAUAGAGAUCGAAGGCCAGGUCCUCAACAUCAGUGUUGCGUAUUCGGGCCGUCUAGCUUGCGCUUACAAGUACGGCAAAAGCUUCACCAGACCCAACAAAAACGAUCCCGACUCGCGUUUCAUCAACUUAUGCGUGGCUAUUUACGAAUGCGAAUCAACCGGCGGUACUGAAUGGGUACUAGAGGACAUAAUCCACUUGAAAAAUAUCCAUUUGCCCCGAAUUAACAUCGACAGACACCUCGAUUUAAGCUACUUGUACGAUUCGCGCACUUUGAAGAAAAAACAACGCAUCAACGAAGUUUUGCACACUUUUUCAAACGACGAUCGGCAAACCCUAAGCACAGACUCGCACCUUAAAUCGACCUUAUUGGCAGUUCCAAGUUUCACGACUUUACAAUCAUUGCGAAAAUCAAUCUCCGAAAUGGGCAAUAUCUGCCCCCUGACCCAAAAACACAUAGUUCAGCUGGACUGGGUGUCGAACGAGGACGGGUCGCAUAUACUCACCGUUGCCUGCGGUAGCAAAAUAAUGCUGUAUACACCUCUCUCGACCGAUUUGGCCCAAGCCAACGUCAAAGCAAUGAAAGAAUCGAUAAAUAACUACCGCCCGAUUUUACGCAAAGCUAGUUCCUUGGCACAGCCUCUUUUCGUGGACGAUUUCAAGUGGAUGACUUUGCGUAAAAUCGAGCUACAAACGGCCGAUGGUCUGCCAGCCCUCCCGAUGCAAAUCAGUUGGGUGCGCGAUGGUAUUCUCGUGGUCGGAAUGGACUCGGAGAUGCACGUCUACACCCAGUGGCGGCCCCAAGACCAGUCGCUCCAACCGAUGGACGUGAGCGAACCCGAUGGUAAAAACGGCCGUGACGUCGAUUUCCGGACUCUCACCCAGGAAAACCAACGCAAACUCGCCGCGAUACCGACACUUGGGCGCAUCAGCUCGGUUAAUUUGCAAAUUCUUGACCGCAAACGCACAAAUAAGGAGGCAAACCUCGAUUAUAUGCCUGACUAUGGUUUGUUUGAAGCGUCGCGAAUCGCGUGUCCUGUUUUACCCCAAUACCACCCCAAGCAACUGAUGGAAUUGCUCAAUUCUGGUAAAAUCCGAUGGGUGAAGGCGAUUCUAGCCCAUUUGGUUAAGUGUGUCGGUGGUAAUCAGGAAACUCCCGAGGAUAUGCAAGGGUGGGCAAGGGCUAGGACCCUAUCGGUGAGCUACCCAGCCGGUAGUCCCGAACAUAGGGCUAGUAUCGGGGAAAUUGCGUUGGAUUACGAUGAGAUUAACAAUAUCCCGCCCUUGCCAUUGUGGACGCUUUUGGCCGCUGAUCAGGAACAAGCCGGGCCGCAGGAAGAAGAGAAAAAUUACAACGAACUGUUUGAUAGUAAUUUAGGGAUGGAAGAAUCGUUGGACACACUUUUGGAAGACAAGGAAAUGUCAAGGAUGGACAGAAGACAGUCGGAACGUAAUAUUGGAAUCACACAUUUUACCCCAAAACAAGGCAGGGUUUUGUCGCGACUUUUGACUCAUAUGCAUCUGCCCGGCUUGUCCAGCCUCGACCAAAUGCAUCUCCUGGCUUUGGCUGACACCGUGUCGACUUGUAACACAGAUUUGGCCGAAAGAUUUGCGAUAGAUUCGGCCAAAUCGGCAAUGGCCAAGGAAAAUCUAGUCGGCCAGUCUGAUGAAAUAAUCACUGAUAGCUUGGACGACUGUGGCCUCAGAUUCUUGCUCGCAAUGAAGCAUUACGGAUAUUUAUUAAGGUGUCUCCCGUUAGCCCAGCGCACGCAGUUUCAAAAACAAGGCGUCGGUACUAACAACCUAGCCUGGGCCUAUCACUCCGAAAGCCAAGAAGAGCUCCUAAAUUUAAUCCCAAGCUACGCAAAAGGCGAACCAACGUGGCCCCAACUGCGCGAACUGGGUGUCGGUUGGUGGAUCAGAAACCUGGCGUUGUUGAAACAAUGCGUUCAAGUGUUAGCAAAGGCGGCUUACCAAGUCAAGCAGGACCCUAUGGACGCGGCUUUGUAUUACCUGGCAAUGAAUAAGAAAAGCCUGCUCUGGGGUUUAUACAGGUCAAAACGCGACAAAAAAAUGACCGAGUUUUUCGCUAACAAUUUCUCUGAAGAUCGCUGGCGCAAAGCCGCCCUUAAAAACGCCUAUGCCUUGCUUGGCAAGCAACGGUUCGACCAUGCAGCCGCGUUUUUCCUACUUGCUGGUAAUCUGAAAGAUGCCACGGAGGUGUGUUUGCAAAAACUGCACGACUUGCAACUGGCCUUGGUCAUCGUGCGCUUGUACGAAGGCGAUGGUGAUAGUUUCAAAAAAUUGUUGUACCAGGAAAUUUUAGGUUGCGAUUGCGAUGGCUCGAAUGAAGACAUAACUAAAGCACACCCUGAUCCGUUUUUGCGCUCGAUGGCUUACUGGUCCUUGAAAGAGCACCAAGCUGCGUUAAGUACGCUUCUUAUUGGCAACGCUGGGACUCAGCAUCACACGCACGAAGACGAAGCUAGGGAAACUAAGGAAGCGGAUCCGAACGUUUUCAAUUUUUAUGUUUACUUGCGGACGCAUCCGCUACUUGUCAGACAACACAUGGCCAAUUGUGGUCAAAAGAAAGCUUGGCUUCCUGGUGGUAAGCAAGUGGUGGUCGAAGAAUCGAUCACACCGUUGGAACGACAGUUAUAUUUUGCUACGGCUCAUGGACACUUCCGGGCCGGUUGUCCAGCUCUAGCGUUGGAAGUUUUGUCGAAACUGCCCUACAUUGUGACCGAAAAUAAACAAACGACGCCUUUGGUGUCGCCGAAAGUGAAUGAGGCGAAGACGGAAAUUGAUACUGGGAUUAUUUCAUGGGAAAGUGGUCAACAAACGGCUGAUUCGUUCGAUUGGGGAACCACUUUAGCUCAAUACAAGACCAAAACUGAUGAUUUGGAUUUGAAAUGGAGUGAUGAUGAGAAGGAUUCCGAAACAUCAGAUGAAGGACUUAAAAUGAAGUGUGACAGUAAGGACGAGGCGGAGGAAGAAAGUGACGAACCGGCCACUCAACACAUUGAUAUUAUGGCACAACAGUUGAAGUUUGUGGCCUGCUUGAAAAUUCUCAUGGAGGAGUUGUCCACGCUAGCUACGGGCUUCGAGGUGGACGGGGGUCAGUUGCGUUACCAGCUUUACAUCUGGCUGGAAAGAGAAGUCGAGGCUUUAAGACAACUGUGUAAUUACUCGACCACGGACAUUGUUGAGCCUUUAGAUUUGGAAGCGCCUCCAGAAAUAGAAAAUUCAGUCACAGAAACGGGCACACGUCCCACCUUACACGAAAUACUAAUCCAAGAGAAGUUAGAUUUCGAGGCUAAAGUGCAACGAGCCGCAAAACGAAAACGCUGGCUUAGAGCAAAUGAGAUUCUUUUGCGAACUUUGCUCAGUUAUUGUUCGCUGCAUGGCGCCACCGGUGGUUUGGCUUCAGUUCGAAUGGAAUUAGUCCUUCUCUUGCAAGAGUUGCAACAAGAGAAGACCCACCAACAACUGUUGAGUCCUUUACCGUUUCCUACCAGUUUACCGCUGCUUGCAGCUAGUGUUGCGAGUAGUAAAACUGUGAUUGCUGACCCGAUCAGAUAUCUACAAUGUCUGAUUCACGACAUGUUGGAAACUAUUGUUGAACUUCCAAGACCUAAUACUUAUCAAAGCCAACUUAUCGUACUCCGCGACUUGGCUAUAGCUUUGUCGGCUUGCAUUUACCAGUCGUUGUGUGACUCUGAUACUUUUAAAAGUAAUUUACCCGACAGUCAGGAAGUUUGUUCGACUCAUUUAGUCGGAAGGAGACGGCGAGUUUCAGUCAAUGACAGUCAGCAAAUCAUUACUUUGCCGCCGAAAUGGCCCGGUGUUACAAGUUUACGUGCUUUACUAGCACGUGAAAAAGACGAAGAUACGCCGAGGUUAACAGUAGUGUUAUGCGAAGCCUUCUCAGCAACUUACUUAGCAUUGGUAUUGUACGGUUUGAGCACUUGCGAUUGUGUCAUACUGUUUCAUGUAACGGCGCAUGUUUUCAACCAAGAUGUGUGGGGCCAGCUGUUUGGUGGCGGUAUUAAAAAAUUACUCCGGACGGCAAGUAUCGGAGGCGCUCAAACAAAUGCCACAAAUCAAGGUUCGCAAAGUACUCAAGGUACCCCAACUGAGGAAGUUACCGGUCCUGCAAAUUGGUUAAACAAGCAACGAGUUAAACUCAACACCAAACUACUAGGACACCAACCGUCGCAAAUGAAGGAGGACAAACCGACUUACAGAGAACAGUUUGUUCCACCUGAAAUGAGUAUUUUGGCGUACUUGUUGACCAAACCGGAUGCUGGUCCCGAUUGUGAUGAUAUUGAAAGCGAGUCCGAAAGCGAAGACGAGGAUGUUUUUGAUAUGCCGGCACAAAGUGCCCGAGUCGUAAACAACGAGCAUUCGGAUCCCAAUUCGUACUCGUGGCUGGUUUUGAAGUUGGCGACGCUGAAGAUCGUGCAAACGCGACUUACCGAAUUUUUAUCGGUGGCGGGUUUGGAGCUGAACGAGCUCCCGGUGGCGAGCCCCUUGAUACAUUCCUCCUUGCGCCGCUUAGCCAACUGGCAGGAAAGUUUGAGAAAAGAGUUAGACUGCCGCCAGGCACCCCCCGAAUAUAUCCCUGGUUGUUUUGUUGAAAACACCACAGGACCCCCAAUCCAGAAAUACCGCCAGUUAUUGGAACCCCACAACACCCCAUUUAGCAACAAAAGUUCCGCAAGUACCGCCAGGCGUUUAUGGACUUAUCUCGUUCACCAAGAGUCAGUCCAGGACAUUUUUAUCCGAGCUGUUUUCGGCAAAAGACGCUCACUUAGUGCUUUGGAGGAGGAACUACCGCACCCUGAACCCGCUGCUCCGGAACCUGUUCGUAUUAUUCACAAGGAACAGGAUUCCAUCGCUGCUUUUAGCCUCAAUCAAGUCAACUCUGGCUUGAUUGUGGUGGCAACUCCGCGCGAGUUGCAAGAAAUGGAUAUUUCGUUGUUGCUGGAAUUGCCAGCCUGGUUGGAGGACGAAUGCGAGUUGGAUAUUUUGAAUUUGACUAAAGACGUCCCCGACCCCAGUGUGCCCCCGUUUUUGGUAAUCCAGAGUGCCGGUGAUCGAACGAAAGACACACAACCCGGCAGCCCCCAGCCUGGCAUUGCCAGUCAAAGCGGUCGCGGGACGAGUGUGAUGAAGGGGCUAAGCUUCCCGGGUUGUCACGAUGCCAAUUUUGUCCAUCUCGUUCUGCUUCGGUCGGCGCACAUGCUUCGACCGGUACUGAAACAUAAAAUUGAUGGAGUACGUCGAAUAAGCGCACACCCUCUUCUGCCACUAUACUUGACCGGUGGUCAAGACGGCUCAGUCCAGUUGUGGGAGUGGGGUCACCAACAGCCGGUGGCGACCCCCAGACCAGCAGGGACUUACGCCAAAGUCACCAGAGUCAGGUUUUCGCAACACGGCAAUAAAUUCGGUGUUGCUGAUUCCGACGGAAAUUUAAGCCUGUUCCAAGUCGGGUUGAGUGUAAACGCCACCCGACCAUUUUUCACCCUCCAGUGUCACAAUAAAGGUAUCAGCGAUUUUGUUUUUCUGGGUUCUUGUAGCCUACUGGCGACCGCUGGUCACAGUUCUGAGAGUAAGAACGUGUGUAUUUGGGAUUCGAUUUUGCCGCAUGGUAAGGCUUUGGUUGUGGCGUUCACUUGCCACGACCAGGGGGCCAGCAGUCUUGUGUUUGCGCCCCAGCACCAAGUACUUAUCUCGGCCGGGAAAAGGGGCGAUGUUUGUUUAAUCGAUGUGCGGUCUAAAACGAUUAGGCACAAGUUCACGGCACAUGAGAGUGCAGUCAAGUGCAUUGCGAUUGAUCCGCAUGAGGAGUACUUUGCUACUGGAUCGGCAGACGGCGAUAUUAAGAUUUGGGGGGUUGCGGUUCCCAAUGUUUUGCUGUCUUUGCCAACAGAACACGCUCGAAGUAGCUUCUUCAAGAAUAUUGGGCAAGGAGUCACACAAUUACAUAUUGAUUCUCAUGCACGUUUGUUCUCCUGUGGGGCUGAUGGCAGUAUGAAAGUUCGUCAGUUGCCCGAUAGGGAGACUUUGCUCGUUCACAACCACCAUUAAUUUUUCGCCUAAACAUAGGGCUUUUUAGAUAGUGAUUAUGCCGAUUUGAUUAUGAUUAAUUGAUAUUUUUAUAGCUUGUUAUUGGCUGUUGUUGCAGGUUCUCAUUUGUUUGUUGAGUAUUGUCCAAAUUGCUAUCAUGUAACUAUUGAACUAUAUUGUUAAUACAUGUGAUUAUAAAGGUUUAAAAUGAAACUAUUGUAUUUUAGAUGUAUAUGUUUAGAAUAAAUAUUUUGUUUGAAAGUUGGGUUUUAUUUCCAAAGCAAGACUGACAUGUACCUCCUAUAAAAUAUCUGCAUUUUUGCAAAGUGAAGUUAAAAUAUUACUAUUUGCAUCAUAUACGGUCGCACAGAAAUCAGCUUUUUAUAGCCGACGCUAAGUUCUGUUUGAUUAUUAUUUUUUUAGAUAUGUACCUAAUCUGAAUGCAAAUUUUCACGUAAACAAACAUGUUUACAUUUAUAAUUAAAAAAAAAAAAACGAACUGCAUAUUAUCAUCAAUCUCUUAAAUUUUUAGUAGAAUUCAUGUGAUCUAAUAAUAAAAUUGGAUGAAAUAAAUAUUUGGUUGCUCAUUCUGAUUUGACUGUUGUAAUUUCCAAGUAACAAGUUAAAUAUUAGUCAAAUAAUGUUUGGUUUGAAAUUUCAUCAUCAAGAAAGAAUUUUUGUGUCCAUUUUUCACCUUUUUCAAUAUUUAUUUGUUUAUCGGCAUUGUUGUCUUGCCUGCUAAUAAUAAAAUCUGGGAUCAGUUAUUAUCGCAUGAGUAUGAGAGGUCAGUAUAUUUAUUAUCGUUUAUUAUGUAACACAAGAUUAUGAAAAAUAUAAUAAUGUACUUAUCACUCCAUACACAUAAAAAUCACAAAUGAUGUGCAAAAAGUCAGUUUGAAACUGGUUUAUCGGAAAUUUUCAAACAUGAUAUUCUGAGGAGGAAAAUUUUAAUUUCAUAAAAAAAGCGAUCAACAUGCGGACAUUUUAGGUAAAUCAUUCCCACAUCAGUCAUCAUUCCAACUGUUUACAUAAAUUUAAGUUACGAAGGUUAUCGCAUACGCCUAUAAAAUAAUUCCAUCUCGUAUGUUUAUACGUAAUAACAAUAUUAUACAUUCAGAAAAAGUAAUUAUUCUUACGUAAAAAUCAAGGCGCCGAUUGACUUAUCAGCAGUGCGGUUCAUUAUUAUUAUUAUUACCCAAAAAUAAACCAACACAUACCAAGACAAUUGCUGGUUUGUUUACAAAUACGAUUGAAAAGACUCGAGUUAUCCCAAAAGAAAAAUGCCAAAAAACUUUAAUAAUAAAUAUGGAUAAAGAUAUAUUUUUCCACCAAAGAUAUAAAAGCAUGCAUUAUCAACAUUACAAACAUUUACUCAUAAUAUUUAUUGAAGAGUGUUUGUUAACCACAUUCGGAAAAUGGCACCAAAGGAUAACUUAACAGCCGUUUUGUACGGCAUCAACGACAUGCGACUUG